GCACCACCUUCCUCUCCGGCUCCAUCCCCAGUGGCGGCGGCCUCAGCGUGCGGCACUGGGCCGCCUCGACCGUGCACCAGCGCAAGCAGCAGACGGCCGUCGCGCAGUUCGACGCGUCCGUGUCCCGCCAGAGGGGCAUCGUCAUGUGCAUGCACAACGCGGCGGUGCCCAUGGGGCUGUCGCUCAUCCGCGACCUGCGCUGCCUGGGCAACCAGGAGCUGGUUCAGGUGUACCACUGCUUCCCGGACGAGAUGUCGGCCAAGAACCGCGAGAUGCUGCUGCGCGCGGACGCGCGGGUGGAGGUCGUGGACGUGUGCUCGGACCUGGUGGGCCGCGGCGUGCUCAAGCGCGAGACAGCCGAGAAGUUCCGCACCUGGUGGCUCAAGCCACUGGCGCUGUACCACACCGACAUUGCGGAGGUGAUGCUCAUGGACGUGGACGACGUGUUCCUGAAGGACCCAGCGGUGCUGAGGACCACGGAGGGCUACCAACGCACGGGCACGACCUUCUUCUACGACCGAGUGCUCUGGAGCAAGGAGUGGUUCAACCAGGACGUCAACAACUCGUCCUACUUGAAGACGCUGCUGAAUGGGUUCAACUAUACGGCCUUUGGACUGAAUGGGGGCGUGCAGAUCCCCGACUACCUGGAGCGCAGCUACGCGUACAAGCGGGAGGCGUCGCAUGAAAUGGACUCGUCGCUCGUGGUCGUGGACAAGUCGAGGUCGGGGAAGGCCAUGGCCGUCAUGUUCUGGCUCAUUACAGUGCAGAGGUUCGAGAGGGAGUUCUCCUAUGGAGACAAGGAGACGUUUUGGAUCGCCUACGCCCUGGCCAAGCAGGAGUACUUCUUCUCCCCAUGGGGCCCGAGUGUUAUCGAGUCGUCCCGGAAUCAGGAUAUGAAGAACCACCCGGACUCGUUAUGCGGGAGUUUGGCGCACUUUAUGCCAGUGAAAGACGACACGCCCGAGCUGCUGUACGUGAAUGGUAAGGCGCUGUUGGACCCCUUCCCUGAGGGCCUUCACAACCGAGGGAAGGCGUCUGCCAACGUGCUAUACAACCCCACGCCGUCUCAUGUGACUCCGCGCCAAAACCGGCGACCGAACGGAGGAACCGCCACCAGCUACCACGGCGAGUUCCCGAUGGAGUGCCUCAUCGGCUUUGGCGCCACCCCAUUGCCCAGCAACUUCGCGCCGCAGCUGCUGCGCAGACGCAUGAACACAAGAAAUAUGUAA